GAUAUCAUCGUUGUUGCCGCACUUGGACAUCGUUUGUGAUUAAGAUGCUGUCCGUUUUGAUCUUGGCGUCGUGGAGCGUCGGCUGUGGUGCUGUUGUUCAAGUGACAGGAGCAGGGAUACCCCUGCCGACCUUCAACCUACCUGUUACCAACGCCCCUCCCCUUCCGCCACUGCCGCUCCCACAACUUCCAAACAUCGACACCAUUGUCCGAAUGGGCUUCCCAAAUAUACCAUAUUCAGCAACCAAUACCUACAGCAGCAAUGGCGUCACUAACUACGCAAACCCCUCCCAGUUUUUCAACAACAACUUCAACACGGAUAUUUUCGGCUUUAACCAACGUAUCUGUCCCAAGCAAGCCGAGUACCCGGAUGUGGCAACCUUUUCCGGCAACCCAACCGGGUACCCAGUCAAUGAAAUAACGGCGGCGCUGUUAAAUAACCCUGUUCUUCUGAGUUGCCUGACACCUGAAGUCGUGCUACCAACUGCUCCGACAAUUCCUACAGAUCCAGUUUUAGCGAAUGCAAAUGCGACAUGUGAGUUCCUGGAGACCAAACUCUGGCGGUUCGCAAGGUAUGGCGGUCGUUGUUGGAUACUUCAAAACUUCCAGGAGGUUGUCACUUUUGUCACGUGCCUAAGCAAACAAUGCGCCAACUGUGACGAAUUCUGGCCUUUCUCCAACUACGAAAACCGAUGUCUCCGUGGUUACAAAUACGUAUCGGUGUGGGCGUACUGUGAGGCCCUUCCCAUCAAUCAACGUAUUGUACGCGAGAGAAUCAUCACCCCCCACACCUGCAGCUGUCAGAGGGUCAAGUGUAGCAGGUACUGGAAGAAGUAGAUUGACCAAUCCCGAUUCGACCAACUGAUAAUACACCGACAAUUAACCAUUAGUUAGAACAAUAUAUUAUGUAUACGUGGUCAGUAUGUAUGUAAAAUACAUUUUGCGUUUACUUACAAUGCUGUCUCUCUUGUCUACGAGUAAUGUGUGUGUGUGUGCAUGGGCCUAUGAUACAGUUGACCAAAAGCACAGAACAGUUGGUUUCCUUAGCAGCCAGGACUAUGGUCGAUUCUUGGUGGUUAUGUCAAAGACCGAUGUCGUUAAUAUAUAUAUACUUACACUGACACGCCCUGUUAUAACUGACGAUGUAAAAACACACACUGAGCUUACAUUCUGCGCCAUUUAUUAAUCACAUUUAUCAUGUACAUUUCAUGGUAAUUAUGGCACGCAAUCUGCUGAUCCAACAACUUAACGUUACAUGUACGUCAUAUUGUGACUAUGUCUUUGGUAUAAAGAAGUGUGUAGUUAUUUUAUUAAUAAAUUUUCAU